AGGGUCUACCAUGCACCAGACCCUGAGCUUGGCAUUGAGGACAGAAAGAUGAAAAAGGAGCACCAUGAGACCCGUGACCUUGAGGCCUCAUUGGCUAAUGGGGACAAACUAGGGUCCUGUCUUUCCCCUUGGCUCCAUCCCCACCCUAUCCCAGCUCCCACUUCACAAGGGUGGAUGCAGGGUGGAGGCUGAAGCUGGAAGAGGCAGGGAGGACAGAGCAGACCACAGCGACCUUACCUCCUUCUCUCAGUCCUUCAGCUCUCUCUUCACCCAUGACCCCCCAAGCCUGCCUGUGUGUUUGACUAAAGGGCAGGGAUUGCUGAACUUGCUGGGUGAGUCCAGUGAGUCAGAGGCGAUUCAGGUGAACAGGCAGGUUGGCAGGAGGGCAGACGGGCAGAGGGAGAGCCAGUGGCCCUGGGACAAUGGCUCUGAUCGUGCGUGUGCGGCGACUGACGGGGCUGCCAGGCAGCCAUGACCGACAAGUGAGGCUCAGCUUCCGGGGCUUCACCCAGAAAACAAGGAAAAUUCACUGUGGUCAAGAAGCAGAUAUUGGUGAGCUGUUCCACUGGCCACACUACGGGGCUCCGCUGGCUGCGGAAUGUCUGUCUGUGCAGGUGGUUAACUGCAGCCGUGUGUUCAGCCCCAGGUCUCUGGGGACCCUGGUGAUCUCCCUGCAGCAGCUACAGCGUACUGGGCAUUUGGUGCUACGGGAGGCCCUAGUGGAUGAGAAUCUGCGGGUAUCCCCGAUCCAAGUGGAACUUGACCUGAAGUAUCAGCCCCCAGAGGGUGCAGCUGGAGCCUGGGCAGAGGAGGACUUUGGAGCAUCCAUCCGGGACAGCUCAGAGCUGAUCAUCCCCAACGUGGGCUUCCAGGAGCUGGAGCCUGGGGAGGCCCGGCUGGAGCGGCAGGCAGUGGCAUUGGGCCACAGGCUAGCUCGAGGCCUAGCUCAGCAGGACAAUGAAGAUGGUGAGCUGGAGCUGGAGCUGGAUCUGGAGGAUGAGCCUGAUGUGGAGCUUUCUGGAGUUGUGUUCAGCCACCUCAGGAGUCGCACCCGGGGCCUGGCUCGAGGGGAUCCUUUCCAGAUGGCCAGAGCUCAGGACUUCCAGGUAGGGGUUACAGUGCUGGAGGCCCAGAAGCUGGUUGGAGUCAACAUCAACCCCUAUGUGGCAGUGCGUGUGGGGGAGCAGCGCCGAGUGACCGCCACGCAACGCGGGACUAAUUGCCCCUUCUACAACGAGUACUUCUUGUUCGAAUUUCAUGAGACCCGGCUUCACCUCCAAGACUUGCUGCUGGAGAUCACGGCUUUCCAUUCGCAGGCCCUCCCCUUUAUGGCCUCCCAGAUAGGCACCUUCAGGAUGGACCUGGGCAUUAUCUUCGACCAGCCAGAUGGCCACUUCUACCAGAAAUGGGCUCCGCUGCACGACCCUCGGGACACCCGCGCUGGGACCAAAGGCUUCGUCAAAGUCACUUUGUCCGUGCGGGCGCGCGGGGAUCUGCCUCCUCCGCUACCAGCCCCGGGCCCAGGUCACAGUUCGGACAUCGAGAAGAACCUGCUCCUGCCACGCGGGGUGCCGGCCGCAAGGCCGUGGGCGCGGCUGCGCGUGCGCGUGUACCGGGCCGAGGGGCUGCCCGCGCUGCGCCCGGGGCUGCUAGGCAGUCUGGCCCGCGCCCUGCAGGACCAGCGCGUCCUCAUGGACCCCUACGUGCGCGUGUCUUUCCUGGGGCAGCAGGGCGAGACGUCUGUGCGCGGCGAGGCGGCGGCGCCCGAGUGGAACGAGCAGCUGAGCUUCGUGGAGCUCUUCCCGCCGCUGACGCGCGGCCUCCGUCUGCAGCUGCGGGACGACGCACCCUUGGUCGAUAUGGCCGUCGCCACGCACGUGCUAGACCUGAGGCAGAUCUCACACCCGGGCCGCGCGGCGGGGUUUAACCCCACUUUCGGCCCGGCAUGGGUGCCUCUCUAUGGCUCUCCCCCCAGUGGGGGACUCCGGGAUGGUCUUCAAAGUCUCAAUGAAGGACUUGGCCAAGGCAUUUGGUUCCGCGGCCGCCUGCUGGUUGCUGUGUCCAUGGAAGUAUCGGAAGGGAGAGCUGAACCUGAGCCUCCCCAGGCCCCACAGGGGCCCAGAUUGUCCAGGCUCAUGAGAAAGAAGAAGAAAGCCAGGGGGGGCCAGACCCCAACCGGGAUCCCACAGCACCUGGAUGCCUGUCCCAGUGGUGAUGGUCCUGAGAUUCCUGGUGCCAUGGAGGUGGAGGUGGAGGACUUGCUGCCUCUGCCAGAGAAUGCCCUGGCGCCCUUGCAAGAUUUCCUGCUCUUCGGUGUGCUUUUUGAGGCCACCAUGAUUGACCCUGCCUUGGCCUCCCAGCCCAUCAGCUUUGAGAUCUCUAUCGGUCGUGCAGGCCGCCUGGAGGAGCAAUUGGGCCCAAGGGCCAGGGCUGGGGAGGGAGCGGAGGGCAAGGCCGAGGAGGCACAGCCUCUGCUGGAGACGGAAAUGGGAGCCGGGCUAGUGUUGGAGGAGGAGCUAGGGACCCCUGCUCAGCGGCCUGAGCCCAUGGAUGGCAAUGGGCCGUAUUUCUGCUUGCCCCUGCGUCACCGAAAGCCAUGUGUGCACGUGUGGAGCCGCUGGGAAGAUCACACGUGGCGCCUGCAGAGCACUAACUGUGUGCGGAAAGUGGCCGAGAGGCUGGACCAGGGGCUGCAGGAGGUUGAGACUCUGCAGCGCAGGCCGGGGCCUGUUGCCUGCACACGGCUCAAGCAGGCGCUGGAAGAGUUGGUGGCAGGGAGCAGACAGUUUUGCCAUGGCGCUGAGCGCAGGACAAUGACCCGGCCCAAUGCCCUGGAUCGAUGCCGAAGGAAACUGCUCAUGCACAGCCUGAACCUGUUGGCAAAGCAAGGACUGCGGCUUCUACGGGGUCUGAGACAGGGCAACGUGCAAGAGAAGGUGGCCUUGUCCAAGAAGCUCUUGGCCAAACUGCGCUUCCUGGCCCAGGAGCCCCAGCCACCCCUCCCAGAUGUGCUAGUCUGGAUGCUCAGUGGGCGGCGCCGAGUGGCCUGGGCCCGGAUCCCUGCCCAGGAUGUGCUGUUCUCUGUGGUCGAGGAGGAGCGAGGCCGGGACUGCGGGAAGAUCCAGAGUCUGCUGCUCUCGGCACCUGGGGCAGCUCCAGGCGAAGUCUGUGCCAAGCUGGAGCUCUUCCUGUGGCUAGGGCUGGGCAAACAAGCCAAGGCCUGCACCUCAGAGCUCCCCCAGGACCUGCUGCCCGAGCCCUCUGCGGGGCUGCCCCACCACCUGUGCCGGGAUGACUUCAGCUACUUCCAGCUCCGGGCCCACUUGUACCAGGCCCGAGGGGUGUUGGCAGCAGAUGACAGUGGGCUUUCGGACCCAUUUGCUCGAGUCCUCAUCUCUACCCAGUGCCAGACCACACGGGUCCUGGAGCAGACGCUGAGUCCCCUGUGGGAUGAGCUCUUGGUGUUUGAUCAGCUGAUUGUAGAUGGGAGGAGGGAGCAUCUGCAGGAGGAGCCUCCAUUAGUGGUCGUCAAUGUCUUUGACCACAAUAAGUUUGGCCCCCCUGUGUUCCUGGGAAGGGCACUGGCCACCCCGAGGGUGAAGCUGACAGAGGACCCUUACCAACGCCCUGAGCUACAGUUCUUCCCCCUAAGAAAGGGGCCCCGGGCAGCUGGAGAGCUCAUUGCCACCUUUGAACUCAUUGAACUGGACUACAGUGGCCGGUUUGAGCCCUCAGUGCCCAGUGAUGUAGAGCCCCAGGAUCUGACACCACUGGCCGAGCCCCUCUCCGGGCGCCUGUCCCUGCCACCUAACGUGCGUCCAGUACUCAGGGAGUUCCGUGUUGAGGUGCUGUUCUGGGGUCUGAGGGGUCUCGGCCGUGUGCAUCUGUUUGAAGUGGAGCAGCCCCAGGUUGUGCUGGAGGUGGCUGGGCGACGUGUGGAGUCGGAGGUCCUGGCCAGUUACCGUGAGAACCCCAAUUUCACUGAGCUUGUCAGGCAUCUGACAGUGGACCUGCCUGAGCAGCCUUACCUACAGCCCCCACUCAGCAUCCUGGUGAUCGAGCGCCGGGCCUUUGGCCGCACCGUGCUUGUGGGUUCCCAUGUUGUCUCCCACAUGCUGCGAUUCAUACUCCGGGCUCAUGAGGAUCCCCCCAAGGAGGAAGGAGAAGAGGAAGAGACAGUGGACCUAGUGCCUAAGGGACCAAAAGGACAGAGGUCUCUGGAUCCCUCCUUGGCUGAAGUGGGGAUGCCCAGACGGCUUCUCAAGGCUCCUCUGAAGAAGUUCCCUUUGAGAAGCCUCCUGAACCAAGGCCCCGAGCUGGAGGAAGACAUCCCAGAUCCUGAAGAGCUUGACUGGUGGUCCAAGUACUAUGCCUCUCUGCAGGAGCUCCAGGGGCAGACCAACUUUGAUGAGGAUGAGAUGGAUGAUCCUGGGGAGUCAGAUGGGGUCAACCUCAUUUCUGUGGAUGGGGAGGUCCAAGACCAGGGUCAGGGUGAGGCUGAAGUUAAAGGCUCUGUGUCCCAGAAGAAAGCAAUAGCCACCCUGAAGAUCUACAACAGCACCCUGGAAGAAGAGUUUAACAACUUUGAAGACUGGCUGAAUGUAUUUCCCCUGUACCGAGGGCAAGGGGGCCAGGAUGGAGAUGCAGAGGAAGAACGGUCUGGACACCUUGUGGGCAAGUUCAAGGGCUCGUUCCUUAUUUACCCUGAAUCAGAGGCAGUGUCGUUCUCUGCGCCCCAGAUCUCCCGAGGGGUCCCACAGAACCGGCCCAUUAAGCUCCUGGUCAGAGUAUAUGUGGUAAAGGCUACCAACCUGGCUCCUGCGGACCCCAAUGGCAAGGCAGACCCUUACGUGGUGGUGAGUGCUGGCCGGGAGCGGCAGGACACCAAGGAGCGCUACAUCCCCAAGCAGCUGAACCCCAUCUUUGGAGAGGUGCUGGAGCUCAGCAUCUCUCUUCCUGCCGAGCCAGAGCUGACUGUGGCCGUGUUUGAUCACGACCUUGUGGGUUCUGACGACCUCAUCGGGGAGACCCACAUUGAUCUGGAAAACCGAUUCUAUAGCCAUCACAGGGCGAACUGUGGGCUGGCCUCCCAAUAUGACACGGAUGGGUACAAUGCCUGGCGUGAUGCGCUCCAGCCUUCCCAGAUCCUGGCGGGGCUGUGCCAACGCUGUGGCCUCCCUGGCCCUGAAUACCGAGCCGGGGCUGUCAAGGUGGGCAGCAAAGUCUUUCUGACAUCGCCUGAGACCCUGCCCCCAGGUAGGGGGGGCCCCAAAGUGGCAAGCGAGGUCCCCGAGGAGAUACAGGCAUUGCUGGUGCUGCGGCGCUGGCAAGAGAUGCCGGAGCUUGGGAUCCAGCUGGUGCCCGAGCACGUAGAAACUCGGCCCCUCUACCAUCCCCGCAGCCCAGGGCUGCUGCAGGGAUCCCUUCACAUGUGGAUUGACAUCUUCCCCCGCGAUGUGCCUGCCCCACCCCCAGUUGACAUCAAGCCUCGGCAGCCCAUCAGCUAUGAGCUCAGAGUCAUCAUCUGGAACACAGAGGAUGUGGUUCUGGAUGAUGUGAACCCACUCACUGGAGAGAUGUCAAGUGACAUCUAUGUGAAAAGCUGGGUGAAGGGACUGGAGCAUGACAAGCAGGAGACAGAUGUUCACUUCAACUCUCUGACUGGGGAGGGGAAUUUUAACUGGCGCUUCGUGUUCCGCUUCGACUACCUGCCCACGGAACGGGAGGUGAGCGUCCGGCGCCGGCCUGGACCCUUCGCCCUGGAGGAGGCCGAGUUCCGGCAGCCAGCCGUGCUGGUCCUGCAGGUCUGGGACUAUGACCGCAUCUCUGCCAACGACUUCCUUGGAUCCUUGGAGCUGCAGCUGCCAGACAUGGUGCGGGGGGCCCGGGGCCCCGAGCUCUGCUCCGUGCGCCUGGCCCGUGAUGGGGCAGGGCCGAGGUGCAACCUGUUUCGCUGCCGCCGCCUGCGGGGCUGGUGGCCCGUAGUGAAGCUGCGGGAGCCAGAGGAUGAGGAUCGGGAGCAAAGGGAGGUGCGAGCUGGCAAGAGGCAGAAGAAGAAGAGGAAGGGCCGGCCGGAAGACCUAGCGUUCACAGACCCUGGAGGCAGCGUCCACAUCCUCACGGGGAAGGUGGAGGCAGAGUUUGAGCUGCUGACCGUGGAGGAGGCAGAGAAGCGGCCAGUGGGGAAGGGGCGGAAGGAGCCUGAGCCCUUGGAGAAGCCCAACCGCCCUAAAACCUCCUUCAACUGGUUUGUGAACCCGCUGAAGACCUUUGUCUUCUUCAUCUGGCGCCGGUACUGGCACAUCCUGGUGCUGCUGCUGCUGCUGGCAUUGGUCACCAUCUUCCUUCUCCUGGUCUUCUACACCAUGCCCGGCCAGAUCAGCCAGGUCAUCUUCCGCCCCCUCCACCAGCCCCCCGACCCUAAUUGACCCCGCACACUCUUCCCCUACCAACCGUAUAACCUCUGGGGGUCCUUCUCACCAACACGACUGAGUUCACUGCUUUCUUCGAAUGAACUUGACUGUGCCUCCACUCUGACACCUGAA